GAGCCAGCUGCCGCCUCAUUUGUCAAAAUGUUUACCACACGACACGUCUGCAAAGCGUUCUCUGGCUGGGGGACGUCAGAGCGCACGUGCCGGGUGCUCUUUAUGACCUCUAGAUGGCAGUACCGCCUUGGUCGUGGACUUCCUUGAGCGGAAGUUGUAUGAAAGGGGAAAGGAACUCGAAACGGACUUCGGCCUGAGCUGCUAGCUUCGACGCUGGAGGUGCCGAAUGUACUUGCAAGGCCCCAAAGGCCCGUCACAACUUUGCCGGGCUAAAGCAGGAACGAUGACGCUUCGGUGUCCGGAUAAACUCGCCUCUUCGGAUUGCUAAGCUAAGGUUGCUAGCCGUGGUGAUCGCUGAGCACAGCUAAGUGUUCGUGGAAGCGAAAGAAAAGGCGCCGGGACGACAGAAGGGCGGGCGGAGGAGGGAAACAUUGAUAACAGGUGGGAGAGGGGCUCUGGAGGACCGGACUUGGGCACCCCCGUUUUAGCGCUACACCAACAUACGGAUUAGAAAACGUCAUUGAAAACCGUCGACGGCGGAGGAAGCGCGCGCCAUGGAAAGGCAAGUGCAGCCUGAGCCCCCUCGUGCUGUCAAGGAAGAGCCCACUCAAAUGAAAGAGGAAGAGGAGGAGGCUCUCGUCACGUCGCCGCUCCUUUUCGUCCCCCUGAAGACUGAAGAGGAUGAAGGCCGAGGUGCAAGGGAGGCGAGCGGAGGGGAGUGGCCGCCAAGAAGCAACUUGAGUCAACACUGGAAAAGCGAAGGUGAUGGCGAAUCCCCACCUGGCAACCUCGAUGCGCCACUGUCUGAUCGUGACAAUGUCACCUCACAAUCUCAUAUUAAGGAGGAGGAAAAUCAUGGAGAUAACAAACGCUGGAAAUGUUCCCAGUGCGGGAAAACAUUUAGUGUGAAGUGGAACUUAAAAAUACAUGUGAGAGGACACACUGGAGAGAAACCUUUUACCUGCUCGAGUUGCGGGAAAGGAUUCACUGUCAAGGAAAGUUUAAUCUGCCACGCACGAAUGCACACUGGCGAGAAACCGUUUGCCUGCCCCGUUUGUGGCCAGCGAUUCGCCCAGAGGGGGAUCUUAAGAACACACGCAAGAACUCACACCGGGCAGAAAAACUUUGCCUGCUUAGUUUGUGGGAAAAGGUUCUCGGAGAAGGCGCAUUUGGCAAGUCACACAGCAACCCACACCGGCGAGAAACCUUUUGCCUGUUCGCUCUGUGGGAAACGCUUCUGUAGAAAGACGACGUUAACGAGGCACGCGAGAACGCACAGCGGAGAGAGACUCUUUACCUGCUCGAUAUGCGGGGAGAGAUUCGGUCGGAAGACCAAUUUGAUUAUGCACUCCAAAAUACACUCUGGAGAAAAACCGUUUGCAUGCCCAGAUUGCGGCAAGGCCUUCUUGUCGAAGACCAAUUUAACGGCGCACGUAAGGACGCACACGGGCGAGAAACCUUUUGCCUGCUCAGUCUGCGAGAAACGCUUCACUCAUCAGGGAGCCUUAAAAGUCCACACAAGAACGCACACCGGGGACAAGCCAUUUGUCUGCUUAGUUUGCAAUCACAGGUUUACGGUCAAGGCAAAUUUGAUGCGACACACGAGAACGCACACUGGCGAGAAACCGUUUCGUUGCAGCGUGUGCGAUCGGAGAUUCACCAGUAACCAAAGUGUGAAAAAACACAAGUGUAGGGGGAAGCGUUAACGGCAAUCAGUGACGCUCUGCAUCGACUGGCUCUGUGCUAAGCUGGAAAAGUUUAACAAUUUACCAACCGUUUGCCUGCUUGCUUUGUGAGAAAAGAUUCACGCUGAAGAAAAAUUUGACAACGCACAUGAAAAGGCACAUCGGAGAGAAAGAUUUUGCCUG